UCCUGCCUGAAACAUCGCGGAGUUUCCUGCUGUUCACUGUUUUGGUGGAAGCGGCAGCAGCAGAGCCGUGGAGGCGAGUCCAAGAAAGGUGGAGACUCCUGGUGAACUUCCUGCACCAUACUCUAGAAGCACCACCAAAAGAGAAGUGGGGAGGCUGCUGCUGGGGCAAGGGCGAAUGGAUAUACGGCUCACUUGACUCCUUUUUCGUCUGCGAAUCGACAAAAAACACACUUUGUGGUCUACUGUAGCCUGCACACAUCUACCUGACUGUAGCUAGCUAGCAGCGCGCCUGCUGGAUACGAGAUUCCCAACGUUUGAUAGCGACGCGGUGCGAAGGACAGGAAUGGAGGUUGUGGUGGAGUAUGAUUACGAGGCAAUCCACGAAGACGAGCUGACUCUGCGCCUGGGCGACAUCAUCAAGAAUGUCCGCUACAUAGAGGAGGAUGGCUGGAUGGAGGGGGAUCUCAACGGGAAACGAGGCCUCUUCCCCGACAACUUUGUCAAGGAAGUGAAAAAGGACUCCAAAGAGGUCAAGGAAACAAAAAGUGAGCCAAAAGAAGAAAUGUCUCAGCCUGUGAGGAGAGAGAAGAGUGCCGGGAACGUAGCCAACCUGGUUCAGAGGAUGAGCACCAUCGGCAUCCCAACCGGAGGAUUCCUGCCUCAACCACCAGCACCCGCUAAGAAGCCUAAGAAGAGGCAGUGCAAGGUGAUGUUUGACUACCAGCCGCAGAACGAGGACGAGCUGGAGCUGAAAGUCGGAGAGAUUAUAGACAUCAUCGAAGAGGUUGAGGAAGGCUGGUGGAACGGAUUCUAUAACGGAAAGUCAGGUCUCUUCCCCUCCAACUUCGUCAAAGAGCUGGAUGCCACGGGAGAAGACGGAGAGUCCAACGACACAGCCACUGACGAGACCGAUGGAAGCGGCAUAGAAAGCACCGCCACCCCAACGUCACCUCAAUCAGCCUCAGGGAAUGGAGUGAUUGCCCAGCCCAAGAAGAUCCGAGGCGUGGGCUUCGGAGACAUAUUCAGAGAAGGGUCGGUCAAACUAAAGGCCCGACUGCCCAGCCCUGAAACAGAGGAGAAGAAGGAGAGACCAAUCCCAUCAUUACCAUCUGCUGCAAAGCCCGCCCAUUCCAACAUGACAGACUCGCAGAGAGCAGACGGAGAGGGCAAAUCCAAAGCUAAAGAGUACUGUAAGGUCACCUUUGCUUUUGAGGCCACGAACGAGGACGAGCUGAGCCUGAAAGACGGCGAAAUCAUCCACAUACUGAGCAAAGACACAGGAGAGCCUGGCUGGUGGCGAGGGGAGAUUGGGGGCAAAGAAGGCGUCUUUCCUGAUAACUUUGUCACUUUGAUUUCAGAAGCAGAGAAAGAGACUCCCACAUCAAGAGGGUCAGUGAAAUCAUCCCCUAAACAAGAACCAGAGGAGAAACCGAAGAAGCCACCUCCACCAUCAAAAAGCAUAGCUCUCAAGCCAGAGGUUCCCAGCGCCGACAAGAAGCCUCAUCCCAUCAGGCCAGAGGAAAGAGUUGACAAGCCUACGCCAGAUCAAAAACCAUCCAAGCCUGCAGCACCGGUGGUCCCGCCCAAGAAGCCAGUCCCCCCUCCAGGGAAAGGCAGACCUGGAAUCCUCCCACCAAAGAGGCCUGACAAGCCUCUCACUCCCUCGCCAAACCUGAAGCACAAUGGAGAGGUGCCUUCCACACGACCAAAGUCCGAGUUCGAGCCAUCACUGCCCACCAAACCCAAAACGCUGUCUGGUGACUGGGGGGAGAAGUCCUCAGAUAUGGAUCUGAUGAGUUUUGACGAGUUGUCGUCGUCUACCUCAGAAAAGCUCUCUCACCCCACUGCUAACCGACCAAAGAUGCCUGGCAGGAGGCUGCCCGCCCAGUUUGGAGGAGGACAUUCGCCCAACAAGGAAGUAAACGUGGAGAAAUUCUUCAAGAUGGAUGAGGAGGAUGCAGCCAAACCAAAGCUAACAGAAGCCAGAAAGCCUUCAUCAAACACCUUAUCCCAGAUGCCCUCGCCCCACAGGCCCUGCGUGGCCAACGCAGAGGCCAAGACCAGCCCCGUCGCCCCUAACUCCAUUUCAGAUGGUGCAUCUCAGGCCAGAGAGGAGCCAGGCUCCCAGCUGGAGGAGCUCAGGAACCAGAUGAAGGAGCUGCUGCUGUCUGUGGAGCUGCUCAAGACCCAGCAAAUGAAAGAGAUAGCUGAGCUACGAGGAGAGCUGGAUGAGGAAAGGCUAAAGCGCAUAGCCCUGCAGAUGGAGAUAGACAAACUAAAGCGGACUGUCCACUCAACGUGAAGUCCACGCUCCAAUCAACAGCAAGCCUCAAGGUCAGCCGCUGGCCUUUAGCCCAAUCGGAGGAGGAGGAGGAGGAGGGACGGGAGGGUGGCAGCGACGGGCUGAUGUCUGGACGGCCAGAGAGAGAGAGGGUGUGUGUGUGUGUGGGGUAGGGGGUAGGGGGCGUCAGAUUAACCACCUGGAGCACACAAUCCUUUUUUCAGCGUUAUACGAGAAAAAAAAAACUCCCUGUAUUUGUAAGAUUUACAAUUUUGCACAUAUAUAUUUUUUUGUUUUCAAGCUAGAUGUAAUUACAGGUGUAUAUGUUUCUCUUUUUUUUUUUUUUGCCAACACAAAAACCUGAGGCCUUACUUCAAACUACUGCGCUGGAAGUUGCAACUCUUACUGCUCACACUCUCUCCCCUUCACUCCUGCGUUCCUCCAACUCCUCCCGGAGCAGGUUCGCUCUCAGUACUACUGACUUUAUAUACAAAGCAGGGGGCACUUGAUUUCUCCGCCUAAUUUUCCUUUCUCAUAUAUUUUUUUUAACAAUGCACAAAUAGUUGAUUUUAAAAAAGAGAAAUUUGUUUGAUUUCAGUUUAACAUCUUCAGAUCCUCGCAGUGAGUAACUUUUUCUUUCCUGCUUGGCGUCAGAAGCACUCCACUUUCAUCACUGCAGCGCCUCACAGAGCUCUGCUUUCUUUUUUCUUUUGUGCAUAUUUUUUCUAGCGUUCCUAUCCAGGUUAACACUACUGUGCCUGUUCAAAAAAAAGAAAAAAAAAAUCUAUCAAGUGUUUGUAAUGGGAGCUUACAUUUACCACGAUGGUGUCUGGAAAAUGUGCAGCAUGAUAUUGUAUAUCUAUAUUUUUUAAGUCUACUGACAUGUCUAGUCAAAUGCUAUAUAUAUAUAUAUAUAUUAUAUAUAUAUAUAUAUAUAGAGGGCCUCUUCUAUGCUGGUCUCUUCUAUUUUUGUCAAACAGUUUCACCUGCUGGGAAUGUUCUCAGAAGUUUAGCCACGUUUAGAGUCUGCAGGUAAUGCAGACCAAAGGAAAAAAGGCAGCAUUAUUCCUUUAACAAAGUCACUGACCAACGCAUUGACGUGUUUAUGAUCAUCUCUGCAACUUGCUUCCCUUUCUUGUAUUUUAACCCAGCGAUCGUCCCUCUAAUCCCCGGUCCAUUCUACCUCUUACUGUCCUUCAUCCCACCCCUCCCAUGAUCUGAGAGCAGCUGUCGUCUCUAUGCACGAGCCGGCCCAGCACUCUAACCCAAACCCUGUUCUGUAUUGUACAUGUCCGUCUUCUUGUCCACAUCUCUUCCCACAUUCCAAGUACUACGGUCAAGCUAACUGGAAGCAUGCAAUAAUAUUCUAAUA